UGCACAGCAAUCGUAUGUAUCAUUUCGUUCUACUUAGACGUGUUCGCUAAAUUCUUUUGUUUCGGAAAUGUUCUACUGGUUUUUGUGUGUAAUCGUGUGUUUCUGGCUGCACUGGGUGUGGACGCGACGAAAGUAUUAUGCAUUGAUGUUUAAAUUACCAGGACGCAUUGGAUAUCCUUUGCUGGGAAUAGCCUUGGAUCUAACUGGAAUCAAGAAGGACCCUCUUGAAGUAAUGAACGAUAUCAACGUAAAAUAUGGUUCCGUGGCGCUCACAUGGUUGCUUCACUAUCCGCUAUUUAUUGUCACUGACCCGGAUAUUAUACGGGACAUUCUAAUGUCGCCACAUUGUAUAAAUAAAAGCAAAGUCUACAGGCCAUUCAAAAAGGCAAUUGGAGUUGGUCUAUUGUCUUCGGGAAAUCCCGAAUGGAGCGUUCAUCGGAAACACCUAAAUCCCACAUUUUCACAUAAAAUACUGCUUAGUUUUAUACCGGUCUUCAAUGAAGAGGUAAAUAAACUUCUAGAACAAUUUCAACAAAUGGACGAAUGUCCGGAUGUUAUAAGUGUGUUGCAGGAGUUUACAUUGACCACAGGUUUGAGGACAACAAUGGGUAUUGAGGCCAGUGAACGCGCCAUCAGUGCUCGUCUAAAGGCUAAUUUCAAUGUUCUGGCCAAAGGUUUAAUCCAAAUGGUGUUCUCACCAUGGUUGGCCCAUGAUCUGAUCCGCAAGCUGUAUGGUAUAUAUGAGCCAUUUAACACACACAGAAAGGAUAAUGAAAAAAUAAUUCAAAAUCUUAUAAAAAAGAAAUUAGACAAAGCCAACAGUGGAAGCAAGAUCUUCAUCGAUCAAGCCGUUGAACUUUUGAGAAAGGAUAUUUUUUCAAUGCAAGAAGUGGAAGAUGAAUCGAAUACCAUGGUUGUUGGGGCCUUGGAAACAACCACCAAUACCAUUGGAUAUGGACUCAUGUUACUAGCAAUGUUUCCCGAAUACCAAGAAAGAGCAUACGAGGAGCUAUUGGCCAUGUUUCCGGAAGGCGGGGCUUUCGAUGUGACCUAUGCCAACAUUCAAGACAUGGCCUACCUUGAUUUGAUUGUCAAUGAAACGAUGCGUCUAAUGGCACCGGGACCUUUAGUGGCUCGUGAAAAUACCCAAGAUUUACAGCUGUCCAAUGGCCUCGUUUUGCCGGCUGGUGUGCAAUGUGUCAUCAAUAUGUUUGCCCUGCACCGGCGAAAAGAUAUUUGGGGCCCCUAUGCUGAUAAGUUUAAUCCGGAUCAUUUUCUACCCAGCAACAUUGAAGACAAACAUCCGUUUGCAUUCAUACCAUUUACAAAAGGUGUUCGAAGUUGUAUAGGCCGAAAAUAUGGUCUGAUGUCGACGAAGAUAACACUGGCGAAAUUGUUGAGAAAUUUUAAAUUUUCAACGGACUUCAAGUUCGAAGAUCUGGAGUAUUGUGAUACCCUUGUAUUGACCCUUAAGCGUGUACCGGCAUUGAAAAUUGAGAAAAGACAAAAAAUACAUUAAUUAAUGAUAGUGGAAAACCUCAUCACACACACUCAAUUCAGAAACAGGCACAUAUAAAUUUAUCAAAAGUGAAAACAUAAAGUACAAAGUGGCAACAAUUUUAAAAUGUUUAUAAAUUGAUUUUUUGAAAUUCCCAAAAAAAAUUAAGAAACCUAAAUGAAAAUCUAUAAAUAUUACAACGGCAUUGCUUUUACCAAGGUACCGUAUAACAGCAAUUGCUGGCAAUAAAUAAAUAAAUAAAUUAAGAAUUAUCAAUUA